GUCACGGCGGCGGCCGGAAGCGGUUCCGGGACGUACGGGAGCCAACAUGGAGCCUGUCGGGGCUGCGGGACCUGGGGGAGGCCGGUGAGGGAGGGGUCCGACACAGAGCGGGCGCGGAGCCAGGGACGCUCCCGGUCUCUCCUGCGAGUGCCCGGCCCUGCGGCGGGCGGAGCUGCCCGGACCAUGUCCCUGGGCGAGUACGAGCGGCACUGCGACUCCAUCAGCUCCGACUUCGGCAGCGAGUCCUCGGGCCGGGGCGGGCCCCGCGCGGGCCCCAGCCUGGGCGCCGAGCAGGAGGAGCUGCACUACGUCCCCAUCCGCAUCCUGGGCCGCGGCGCCUUCGGGGAGGCCACUCUCUACCGCCGGACCGAGGAUGACUCGCUUGUGGUGUGGAAAGAGGUGGAUCUGACCCGACUAUCAGAAAAAGAACGUCGUGAUGCUUUGAAUGAAAUAGUUAUCCUUGCUCUGUUGCAGCAUGACAACAUCAUUGCCUACUACAAUCAUUUCAUGGAUAACACCACACUGCUGAUUGAGCUGGAAUACUGUAAUGGGGGGAACCUCUACGAUAAGAUCCUGCGGCAGAAAGACAAGUUGUUUGAGGAAGAGAUGGUAGUGUGGUACCUAUUUCAGAUUGCAUCAGCUGUGAGCUGUAUCCAUAGAGCUGGAAUCCUUCACAGAGAUAUAAAGACAUUAAAUAUCUUCCUCACCAAGGCAAACCUGAUUAAGUUGGGAGACUAUGGGUUGGCAAAGAAGCUGAACUCUGAGUACUCCAUGGCUGAGACUUUGGUGGGAACUCCAUACUACAUGUCCCCAGAGCUCUGCCAGGGGGUGAAAUACAACUUCAAAUCUGAUAUCUGGGCUGUGGGCUGUGUUGUCUUUGAGCUUCUCACCCUGAAGAGAACCUUUGAUGCUACAAAUCCCCUAAACCUGUGUGUGAAGAUCGUACAGGGAAAUCGGGCCAUGGAGGUUGAUUCCAGUGUCUAUUCCCUGGAGCUGAUCCAGAUGGUGCACUCCUGCCUCGAUCAGGAUCCUGAGAAGAGGCCAACUGCCGAUGAGCUGCUUGAACAUGUUCUUCUCAGCAAACGCAGGAGGGAGAUGGAAGAGAAAGUCACUCUGCUUAAUGGGCCAACCAAACGACCAAGGUCGAGCACCGUCAGUGAGACACCAAUUGCAGUGGUGACUUCGCGCACUAGUGAGGUGUAUGUUUGGGGGGGUGGGAAGUCCACCCCCCAGAAGCUGGAUGUCAUCAAAAGUGGCUGCAGUGCGCGCCAGGUGUGUGCCGGAAACACUCACUUUGCUGUGGUGACAGUGGAGAAGGAGCUCUACACUUGGGUGAAUAUGCAGGGGGGCACAAAGCUGCAUGGCCAGCUGGGGCAUGGAGACAAAGCUUCAUACCGGCAGCCAAAGCGUGUGGAGAAGUUGCAGGGGAAGGCUAUCCACCAGGUGUCCUGUGGGGAUGACUUUACCGUUUGCAUCACAGAUGAAGGCCAGAUGUAUGCCUUUGGCUCGGACUAUUAUGGCUGCAUGGGUGUUGACAAGGCAUUUGGCUCUGAGGUCCUGGACCCUCUGCAGCUGGACUUCUUCCUCAGCAACCCUGUGGAGCAGGUCUCCUGUGGAGAUAAUCACGUGGUUGUUCUGACCAGAAACAGAGAGGUCUACUCGUGGGGCUGUGGGGAGUAUGGGCGCCUGGGUUUGGAUUCGGAAGAGGAUCACUACACCCCUCAGAAGGUGGAUGUUCCAAAGACCUUGAACAUUGUCUCAGUCCAGUGUGGCUGUGAUGGGACUUUCCUGCUGACCCAGACGGGCAAAGUGCUGGCAUGUGGACUCAACGAGUUCAACAAACUGGGCCUGAACCAAUGCACGUCUGGGAUCAUCAACCAUGAUACCUACUAUGAAGUUCCCUACACCACUUCCCUUACUCUGGCCAAGCAGCUCUCCUUCUACAAGAUCCGCACCAUUGCCCCAGGAAAGACGCACACAGCUUCCAUAGAUGAGCGGGGACGCUUGCUGACCUUCGGCUCCAACAAGUGUGGACAGCUGGGUGUUGGCGACUAUAAGAAGCAUCUGGGAAUUAACCUGCUAGGAGGCCCCCUUGGGGGUAAGCAGGUGAUCAGGGUUUCAUGUGGAGAUGAAUUCACCAUAGCUGCUACUGACGAUAACCAUAUCUUUGCCUGGGGCAAUGGUGGGAAUGGACGUCUGGCAAUGACACCGACAGAGAGAGCUCAUGGCUCCGAUAUUUGUACUUCAUGGCCUCGGCCCAUUUUUGGGUCCCUGCAUCACGUUCCAGAUCUGUCCUGCCGUGGCUGGCACACCAUUCUCAUUGUUGAAAAGGUGCUGAAUUCCAAAACCAUCCGAUCCAACAGUAGUGGCUUGUCCAUCGGUACUGUGGCUCAGAGCUCCACAACUGGUGGAGGAGAGGAGGAGGAAAAUGAACGGGAAUUUGAAACCCCUGAUCCAAGUGGAGGCUUUCGGGGAACCAUGGAAGCAGAUCGUGGAAUGGGGGGCUGGAUCAGUGCAACAGAGGCCAUGGGGGACAGCAAUGCUGACAGCAGCUCCUGCCCUGGCUGGCUGCGUAAGGAACUGGAGAAUGCUGAAUUCAUCCCCAUGCCUGACAGCCCCUUUCCUAUGAGCACAGACUCUUCAGAGCCUGAAAAGGAGACACUUCCCUAUCAGGAACUGCAAGGACUCAAAGUGGCCUCUGAUGCUCCUGCUGAAUUCAACAAGCCCAAGACAGAGCCCCAGCAAAUGUGUUCAACUCCAGCCCUGCCCUGUGUAGAGGGAAAGGCAGCAUCUCCAGCUUCAGCCUGUGCGUGCAGCACUUUGCAAACUGAGGUGGAGCGGUUGCAGGGCUUGGUGUUACAGUGUCUGGCUGAUCAACAGAAGCUGCAGGAGGAAACCAGUCGUCUCAGUGCCCAGCUCCAGAGGUUCUGCAGGGGGACGGAGGGAAUGCAGCAGCUCCAGGCUCAUUCCAAAGGAACCCAGACAGCCAAAGAAGAGAUGGAAACGGAUCCAAAAACUGACUUGGAUUCAGAUUCCUGGUGUCUCUUGGGAACGGACUCAUGCCGCUCCAGCCUCUAGUCUCCUGAGCCUGCUGGGGUCCAUUCAACUUCACAACACACUAACUGAAUGCAGAGAGCGGCUUUCCUGGCUUCAGGUCACUCGCAGAUAAGGAGCAAGGGCGGAGGCUCCAGAGCAACACCCAUGUACGUUUGGUGAUAUGGUCUAGGAGUGAGUUUUCAGAGGGGCAGGGCCCUGAGCUCCAGGCCAUGGUCAGCUCAGUGAUUAUGGCAGCAGCAGCUCUUCUCUGUACCUCAUCCAUCAAUCCUACCCUUGAGGCAAGACGAUCCUGGACCCAUCAUGUUGAUGGCUCCAGUAGCAGCUUGUGGCCCUUUUGUUUCACUGCUUCCUGAGAGCUGCCCUUGGGACCCCAGCAUUAGUCACUGCACCUCUAGGUGAGAGAAAGAGAACCAUUGAGAAUGGAAGUUGGCUGAACUCUUAACUCCCCACCUUCACUUUAGAGCGGUGAACUGUGAGCUGCUCCCAGCCGUUAUGGCAACGGACGGCCCUAGCCCGUGGGACAGCUCAAUACUGCUUACGGGCAAACAAAGCUUUGAAUGUGUUUUACUCUGGAGGCAGUGGGGAGAUGGUGAUAGAAAGCAUGUCCUUGACUUGAGGUGCAGCCUUUGGCCAUACAGCUGUGUGCCCUAGUCCUACAGAUGAAGUUUAAAUGCUUUAUUCUGAGGGCCUAGCACUCAGCUAGUGCUUUUCACCCUCCAAGCACUGCACAAACAGGAGAUUGGAUGUAGUUUCCAGUUGUAGCAGAGGGAACUGCUUGAGAUAGGGUUCUUGAGUUCAGACCAGCUGCUUCCUAACCAGAAAAGGUGUGUCUGGAUCUCAGGCUGUAGCACACUCAUUACUCCAUCUGUUCAGCUAGUUUUGGGUGCCAGAGCUCCUCUUGUCAUGUCUGGUUUCUCAGAGCGAGUCCAUUGCUGCUCCUGGCUUUGCUUCUACUUAUCCCUCACAAUAGGCUGGCACACAGUCUCCAUGCUGGUGUCGGCCUCGUCAGUAUUCCCCCCCCCCAUUGUUUU